UGUCUCCGAAACAACAGAAGAAGAAGAAGUUAGCUGACUGAUAAACAGGAAGUGUCUCUUUAUUGAAGACUGAUUUCGCGGACUCGCGUCAGGGAAACGUGCACAUAAUGAAAGGUUUGUUCUGCCGGGUCGAGGAAGGCGAGACUGAGCCCAAAUUCAUCAUCCAGGAAACGACUCUUCCGGAGGUCUUAGGCAGCCAUCAGGUCAGAGUUCAGGUGAAGGCAUGUGGACUCCGCCCACUGGAUCUAAAGCUACUCAGGGAUGUCGGCGUCCAGACUGAUUUGGUUCCAGUGGGUAGGGAGGUGGCCGGCGUCGUCCUUAAAGUCGGCCCUAAAGUGACGUUCUUCCAGCCCGAGGAUGAAGUUGUAGGCAUCCUUCCCCUGGACUCCUCGUGUUCUGGGCUCUGUGAAGUCAUAGAUGUAGAUGAAUGUGUUCUAGUUGGGAAGCCAGAGAAGCUGAGUGCUGCCUGCGCAGCAGCCACGCUGCGUGACGGUGUCCGUGCAUACACCGCUCUCCACACACAUGCUGGCAUUGCAGGCGGACACACGCUGCUGGUCAUAGAUGGGAGCAGCAACUUUGGCCUCAUGUGCAUCCAACUAGCUGCUUAUUGUGGACUGAAGGUCCUCGCCACGUCCAGCUCUGCAGAGGAGCAAGCAUUUCUGGAGCAGCUUCGGCCUGCUGUUGGGCUUCAGGAGCCGCUGGUCGCUAGAGUCAUUCCGGUCUUCAGCGGCUCCUCAGAUCUGCUGUCGGUGGUAUUGGAGGAGACAGGAGGGCUAGGAGUGGAUGCAGUCAUAGACUCUGGAGUGUGUCUGUUCAUUGAGGAGAAGCAGCUGGAGGAGAAGUUCCUCCCAGACAAACAUGACAUCAUCAGCAUGCUGUCAGUGGGUGGACAAUGGGUCACAUCCCAUCAGGACCUUCAGCUUGAUCCUCCAGAUUGCAGGUUGCUCUUUUUAAAAUCGGCGUCCGUGUCUUUUCUGAACCCUGAAGUGUGGACAACCUCAUCAGCUCAACAAGGACGAUACCUCCACAUCCUGAAGGACGUUGUUGAGAAAAUGUCCACUGGAGUUCUGAGACCUCAGCCACAGGAAGCUGUGCCUCUGUAUGAAGCUGUGGUUGUCAUGGAGACCAUCCAGCGUCAGCCCGGGAAAACGGCUGUGGUUCAGCUCUGACAGGAAUCUGCCCACAGCAGUUUGUACAAAUGAAACAAUGAAAUAAACUUUGUUUAUGUGCAGGAAUUCCCUUGGACCAGAUUACAACAUUCAACAGUUUUUUCCCUUGUUUAUAAUUCACUAAAGCAAAGUUUAGAGCUAAUCUAUUCUGGAUUGGUGCUUCAGAUUUAUAGAAAAUUGCAAUUUAAUAACAAUAGUAACAAUUUGAUUCAUAUAAAUUGUGGUUGCCGAUACGAUUCAUAGAAUCAUUUUGAAUAAUUCCAUUAAAUCUGAUUCACUGAGCUAAAAUGAUCCAGAACAUCUUUAUCCCAAACUCCCUCCAGUGUGACUCGGAGAUACCUGCUACUGAACAGUCCAGGUGAAGUUUUCCAGAUUCCUUGUAUUUCUUGCAAGAUAAUAAAGUAUAAAUCAAAAA